AUGGAGCGUGUUAGAGGGAAGAGGGGUCCAGGAGAGCUCUUUGCAUUUUGUUCAAGUUGUCUCCUCCAAGCUCAAGAAUGGCUUAUUGUGAUGAGGAGGAAAUACAGAAAAAGUGAAGAGUCCUGCAUGGAUGUACAGGGAGCUCCUAAUGAAAUCCAAACACAAAAUGGAAAUGUACGAGAGGUGGGAGCAGGGUCAAGUGACCCAGAAAGACCACAGAGACCCUGUCUGAGUGUAUACAAGGGUGGGAUUAGGAAAGUCAAAGAGCACCUGGAGUUGAAUCUGGUGGGGGAUGUGAAGCACAAGAAGAGCUUCUACAGGUACCGAGAGGCUAUUCACAAGUGGGAUGAAGCGCUUCAGUUAACUCCAGAGGAUGCUACGCUUUAUGAGAUGAAAUCUCAGGUCCUGAUGUCUUUACAUGAGAUGUUCCCAGCAGUGCAUGCAGCAGAAAUGGCUGUCCAGAGAAACCCACGUUCCUGGGAUGCCUGGCAGACUUUGGGACGUGCCCAGCUUGGUUUAGGAGAGAUAGCACUGGCAAUCCGAAGUUUCCAGGUAUCCUUACACAUCUUUCCAAUGAACCCUGAAGUAUGGAAAGAGGACCUUUCCUGGGCAAGAAAACUACACGAACAGCAGAGGGCAACAAAGACUGAGGCAGUGCAAGCACUGGCAAAAGAGACAGAGCUUGCACAAGAAUCAAUCCCAGACUAUGACUUUGAAAGUGAUGAAAUUGUGGCAGUCUGUGCUGCCAUUGCAGAGAAGGAGAAAGCUCUUUCAGCAGCUAAAACGGUCGUGAUUGUUUCUGCUUCAGGCACAGUAGAGACUGUAACUGAGAAGGAGAAUUGUCCUACAACUCCUGAUGAAACCCUUUUCAUCAGAGCCCGGUAGGGCAGCCUUAUGGGUUGCCCGUACUGUUUUAAGCACUAGUGUUAUUUAUUAUAUUGGGCUUGCUUUGUUUUUGUUAAGCAGUGGGUGAGCCUACAAAAGUUAAAAGAAUUGAAGUUAUUUUUCCUUUGUAAAUUGCUAAAGCAAUGACCUGAGUUGUUGUUCCAUCCAUGUUUUUGGAGAGGAAAGCCAAGAGUUAAUUCUAAAAAUCUUAUGAACAAAUGUAGUGUUAAAAUGCUUAACUACAUUCAAACAACUGCUUUCA